AGGAGCAUCUCGAGAAGUGGCGGGAGCGGCAGCUAUGGAAGCGCCGGAGGAGAAGGAGGCGCAGGUUGCUGUGUGGCUGAAAAAGAUAUUUGGAGAUCAUCCCAUUCCACAAUACGAGGUCAAUCCACGGACCACAGAGAUUUUAUAUCACCUUUCAGAACGCAACAGGGUCCGGGACAGGGAUGUCCACCUGGUAAUAGCGGACUUGAAACAGAAAGCAAGUGAAUAUGAAUCAGAAGCCAAGCAUCUUCAAGACCUUCUCAUGGAGAGUGUGAAUUUUUCCCCUGCCAAUCUCUCUAGCACUGGUUCAAGGUAUCUGAAUGCUUUGGUUGACAGUGCAGUGGCCCUUGAAAUAAAGGAUACCUCAGUAGCUAGGAUUAAGUUUGUGAAGCUUGAUUUCCACGUGUAUUUGGAAAGUUUUCUCCCUGCAGUGAAUGAUUUGACCUCUGAUCUUUUUCGUACCAAAUCCAAAAACGAAGAACUCAAGCUCGAAUUGGCAAAACUUGAAAAAAAUUUGACUGCAAGUUUAGUGUUAGAAAAAUGCCUACAAGAGGAUCUCAAGAAGGCCGAGUUGCAUCUGUCUUCAGAAAGGGCCAAAGUUGACAAUCGUCUUCAGAACAUGGACUUCCUAAAAGCGAAGUCAGAGGAGUUCAGAUUUGGAAUCAGAACUGCAGAGGAGAAACUUUCAGCCAGAGGCAUGGAGGCUUCUCUGUCUCAUCAGUCACUAGUAGCACUUUCAGAGAAACUUGCAGAACUAAAACAGCAGACUAUACCUGUGAAGAAAAAAUUGGAGUCCUAUUUAGAUUUAAUGCCGAAUCCAUCUCUUGCUCAGAUGAAAAUUGAAGAAGCAAAACGAGAAUUAGUGUUUCUUUCCUCCUUUAGGAUACCAUUGAAGCUGAACUCACAAAGAAAGUAGACAUGAUGGAACUGUGACCAGAGCCAAACAAAGUAAAUCAAAUAGGACUUUAAAGCAUUGUUUCCUUGCCCUGGCCGGUUUGACUCAGCGGUUAGAGUAUCGGCCGCGGACCAGAGAGUCCCACAUUCGGUUCCUGCUAAGGGCAC